AUGAGGCAGAAGACGCUAAUCUAUAGCGCUGUGUCGCGGGGAACGGUGAUCCUGGCGGAGUACACGGAGUUCAAGGGCAACUUCAUGGAGAUCGCAUCGCAGUGUCUCCAGAGGCUGCCGGCUACCAACGACAAGUUCACUUACAGCUGCGAUGGGCACACCUUCAACUUCCUUGUCGAGAAUGGAUACACUUACUGUAUUGUUGCAGUUGAGUCAGCUGGUAGACAAAUUCCGCUUGGCUUCUUGGAGAGGAUCAAGGAAGACUUUAUCCAUAAAUAUCCUGGUGGAAAGGCUGCAACAGCUAUUACCCAUAGCCUCAACCGUGAAUUCGGGCCAAAACUGAAGGAGCAUAUGCAGUAUUGUAUGGAACACCCAGACGAGGUCAGUAAGCUUUCAAAAGUGCAGGCUCAAGUUUCACAAGUUAAAGGAAUUAUGAUGGAAAAUAUUGAGAGGGUUAUCGAUCGACAGGAGAAAAUUGAUGGCCUAGUUGGCAAAACAGAGAACCUUCGGUCCCAGGCUCAUGAUUUCAGGCAGGGAGGUUCCCAGUUGAGGAGGAAGUUGUGGUGGCAGAACAUGAAGAUAAAGCUCCUCAUCGCGACGAUCAUCAUUGUCCUCAUUAUGAUCAUUGUCUUAUCUGUGUGCCAUGGCUUUAAGUGCAAAUGACAGUCUCCAUCAUUGUCGAUUGUUUCAGGGCUUGGGACUUGACAACGACAGUGUUUUGUGCAAUGAUUCAUGUAGCUGACCCUAUGAAGUGGGAUAAAGGCUUGAUGUUGUUGUUGUGAUAUUGCUCCACUUCUCAAUUAGUAUAGCUUUUGUCGCCUCAAAAAGGAAAAUAUCACACUUUGUGUGUAUUCAUGCUAUUGUGUGAUAUUUGAACAUUUUGAAUCUUGUUUGCUCAAAAGUUUCUCAAGGUUUCAUCAUAUUUGGAAUGCUCAGACAAUUCUCAAAACCCUAGCCCAAAAAUAGGUUUGCAAAAGGUCUAAUUUUGAGCCAAUUUGACCCCAACUGAAAUUAAACCAAAUAUGCUCUUUUCUCUUUUGCCUGAUCUUGUGUAGGAUCGACUUGUUUGUGUCGAGUGUCGAGUUUGAUCCUAAUUAAAGUUAACCUUAUUUUUUAUCA